AAAGCCGGGCGGGGCAGCCCGCACGGGCGCAGGCUGAGGCGCCGGGCAGCGCGUCCGCUCCGCUCCGCUCCGCCGGUGCCGCCAUGGCAGCGCUGCCCGGUGCCGCGGCCCCCCGGCUGCUCCUCCUCCCCGGCAAAGCGGCCGAGAGCUCCGUCGCCAGCCGGCACCUCUCCGUUGUGCUACCGGCAGGAGCCGCCCCCAGCCCCCCGGGCCUGGAGGCCCCGCAGCCGGCUCGCAAGCGGCAGCGGCUGACGCACCUGAGCCCGGAGGAGAAGGCCCUGCGCAGGAAGCUAAAGAACCGCGUGGCGGCCCAGAGCGCGCGGGACAGGAAGAAGGCGAGGAUGACGGAGCUGGAGCAGCAGGUGCUGGAGCUGGAGGAGGAGAACCAGAAGCUGCUGCUGGAAAACCAGCUCCUGCGGGAGAAGACGUGUAACCUUGCCCUGGAGAACCAGGAGCUGCGCUGCCGCCUGGGUCUGGACGCUCUGAAGGCGGAGGAGAGCGAGUCCCAGGUUGUGAAGGAAUCGCAGGUGGAUGAGAUUAGAUUGGUGACCGGGUCCGCUGAGUCCGCAGCACUCAGACUACGUGUUCCUCUGCAGCAGGUGCAGGCCCAGCAGUCACCAUUUCUGAUAGCUUCCAUAUGGAUUCUGAUGGCAGUGACUCUUCAGACUCGGAGUCUGAUCUCCUGUUGGGCUUUCUGGACAGUCUGGACCCAGAGAUGUUUCUCAAAUGUGCUGAUUCAGAGUCAACAUGCCUGGAAAAGCUGGAGGAAGAGAUCUGUGGAGAAACAAAUUCCAUACCAACCUCCCCAUCUCCAUCUUUGGGGUCCCCAUCAGCUAAGCUGGAGGCCAUUAAUGAACUGAUAAGGUUUGACCAUGUGUACACAAAGCCCCUAAUACUGGAGAUUCCUGUUAAAACAGGCAACCAAACCAAUAUGUUAGUGAAAAUUGAGGAAGUAUCUCCCUCUGCAUCUGAAGACAAAGCUACCCUUGAGGUCCCAGUAUCUGUGAAGGAGGAACCUGUAGACAGCUUCAUGCCUGAACUGGGCAUCUCUCACCUGCUUUCCUCUCAUCAUAGCCUUGCAGCCCCAAGCUCUCUGCUGGAUGCCUGUAGUGACUCUGGAUAUGAAGGAUCACUGUCACCCUUCAGUGAUAUGUCCUCUCCACUUGGCACUGACCCUGCCUGGGAGGAUAGCUUUGCCAAUGAACUCUUUCCCCAACUGAUCAGUGUCUAACUCAGUAGUGGUAAUGCCCCUUGGAUAACUAUCCUGGCAGGAUAACAGCAUAUGACCAUUUGGGGUGGGGAAAAUUGAGUGUAUUCAGGAAAGUGUUGCCCAUUUCUAUCCAUGCUCAUAGGUGGAGUGAGGGCCAGUGUGUUUCUUCUGGUCUAAAAAAAGCCUGAGGUGUCCCAUCCUGCCCUCCCUCCUGCCCUGUCAGUGUGGGCUUAUGAGGGAGGAAAGUUUGUUCCUCAGUAACCCACCCAUUCUACGUGGACCUGAAGAUGUUUGUUUUCCCUUUUAACACCAAAAACUUCAAUGGGAUAUUUGUGUGUAGAUAACUGGGUUAAAACAAAAUAGUCUGUACAUCUUACAGAUUUACUAUGUAAAUGCUUGUUUUCCAUUUGCUAUGUAGAGUUGCUUUCUCCAUUUAAUAUUUAACUGUAUUGGUGCAAUUAAAGUGCAGUGCAGCUCA